AGGGAAAGAGCCGGUUGCUGGGGGAAUGAGGGAGGAAAGGAAGGAGCAGAACGCGGAAGUGGUGGCGGCGCCUGGGGAGCAGGCGGAGGCGGUGACUGCCAAGUCUGAGACGGGAACCUUGCGUUGAGGGGAGGGGAAGGCGGGGGCUGGCAGGAGGGCAUCCGCCCUCUGGGACCUACACGCGGUGCGGGAGCGGCUGGGCUUCCUUUCUGCGCCUCCGCGAGCUCCCCGGGUGAUGGCGGCGGUGAUGGCGGCGGUUUCUCCGGCUGCCUGGGUGAAGCUGCGCUGCGGGAGAUACGUCCUGAAAGUGCCCAGAAGAAGCUUCCUGUCAGAAAAACUGAAAAAGCAGUAUUUAUAACACUGCUGGAAUCUGUGGACGACUUGUUAAAAUGGCAGAAAAUAGUGAAAACAGUAAUAAAAAUGUAGACGUGAGGCCCAAAACCAGCCGGAGCAGAAGCGCGGACCGGAAGGACGGCUACGUGUGGAGCGGCAAGAAGCUGUCGUGGUCCCGGAAGGGCGAGAGCUGCUCGGACACCGAGGCGCCGGACGGGGCCGGGGCUGGGGCCGAGACUGAGACUGAGACUGGGGCUGGCCCCGGGGCCGGGGCUGAGACCGAGAGCGAGCGGCCGCUGCGGGGCCAGGACAGGAAGCACAGCUGCUCCUCGCUCGAGCUGGACCUGGACCACUCCUGCGGGCACCGCUUCCUAGGCCGAUCCCUGAAGCAGAAGCUGCAGGACGCCGUGGGCCAGUGUUUCCCAAUCAAAAACUGCAGUAGCCGCCACUCCCCCGGGCUUCCGGCCAGGAGAAAAAUCCACAUCAGCGAGCUCAUGCUGGACAAGUGCCCUUUCCCGCCGCGCUCAGACCUGGCCUUCAGGUGGCACUUCAUUAAGCAACACACGGCGCCCCUAAGCCCCAAGCCCGACGGGUGGGGCAGCGCAGACCUCCCCCAGCACGAUCCCAGGAACGUGCAGCUCCCGCCCGGGGGAGCCGAGGCCGAGCCUGGCGCCCCGACUCCCGGCGCCACCUCCGGCUCCACGGCCCACCUGGCGUCCAGCAGCAGCGUGGAGGACAGCGACAUGGACUCGGACGAGGACAUGGUCACGCUCUGCACCAGCUCCCGGAAGAGAAACAAGCCCAAGUGGGAGGUGGACGAGGAGCUGCUGCGGCUGGAGACGCCGCCCAAGUACCACACGCAGGUGGACUACGUGCACUGCCUGGUGCCCGACCUGCUGCGGAUCAACAACAACCCCUGCUACUGGGGCGUGAUGGACAAGUACGCGGCCGAGGCGCUGCUCGAGGGCAAGCCGGAGGGCACCUUCCUGCUGCGGGACUCCGCUCAGGAGGACUACCUGUUCUCCGUCAGCUUCCGGCGCUACAGCCGCUCCCUGCACGCCAGGAUCGAGCAGUGGAACCACAACUUCAGCUUCGAUGCGCAUGACCCCUGCGUCUUCCACUCUCCCGACAUCACCGGGCUGCUGGAGCACUACAAGGACCCCAGCGCCUGCAUGUUCUUUGAGCCCCUCCUGUCCACGCCCCUCAUUCGGACUUUCCCCUUCUCCCUGCAGCACAUCUGCAGGACAGUCAUCUGCAACUGUACGACCUACGACGGCAUCGACGCCCUUCCCAUCCCUUCCCCCAUGAAGCUGUACCUGAAAGAGUAUCACUACAAGUCCAAGGUCAGAGUCCUCCGAAUCGACGCGCCAGAGCAGUGCUAGAGCGCAGGGGGAUGUGGGAAUAGUUCUAGGCUACUUUUCAUUCAGUAUUUUAUUCUCAUUAUUCCUCUUUGACUUUUUCUACAAAGGCAGUUGCAGUACAAAAGAAACCUCUGCCCUAAAUUUUACUUCCACAUCAGUUUAUUUUUCUUAUGAUAUACUAAUUAUUUAAGGUUAUGCCCAAGAGAUUAAUAGGUAUUUUUAACCAGAAGUUUGGUUUUUGUUUUUGCUAAGUAGGUUGUAUACUUAAACUUUUUUCUUUACCUAAUUUAUAUAUGGCCUGGGCAUAUUUGAAAUUUGGUAGGCGUUGCAAACACAUUUGAAUAUCCUAUAUUACUGUUUUAAAAUAAUUUAUAUUUUUUGCUACAUGUAAAAUAUUUCAUUAGUCUGUACCAUCAGUAUUCCUGGACAUAAAAUACUCUUUUCCCAGCCCUUUUUGAGUUUUAAAAUUCUUCAGUAGAGUGUUACAAUUCAUCCAUAGUAAUGUAGUUCAUUUUUUAAACUUGCUAACAGGGAUGUUAAAAGUGACAAAGUGAUUGCAAGUCAAAUUUUGUGUGGGUUUUUUUGUUUUUUUUAUUUGUUUUUUAGACAGACUCUCACUAUGUAGCUCAGGCUGGCCUUGAACUCAUGGCUGUCUUCCUGCCUCAGCCUCCUGAUUGCUGGGAUUAGAAAGAUCAGCACCCCUGGCUUGUUUUAAAUAAUAACUAUGAAACAGGAUCACUAAAUUUUUUAUUAAUCUGGCCAACGAGAAUCAAUGAGAGAAUCUGACAUCCUGGAGGUGCAUUGAUCCCAGUGUGGCAGGGUCAUUUGUUACACUGCUAGGAAGCUCCUUCUCUCAGCCUUUAAGCCAUCUUCAAAACAUAAAAUUUGUUCCUUUCUCACUGGGAACUUUAGAAAUAAUAACACUAUUAGUAGCUAGUGGUUGCUAUAGCAGUGGGGUUUUUCUGUAUUGAUUUGUGAAUGGUUGCUCUUGUAUUAGGCCUUUUAUACGAACUCCGAGCCUGGGAAACUGCAGCUCAUAAAUAGCCACAGAUUUCUUCUGGUAACCAAAGAGUACCUAAAUAGUGUUUAAUUAUUUUAGAUUAAACUUGAAUAAAGUUUCAAGAAAUAAACAUGGAGCUCACUAUUGAGAAAGCUGAUCUUCAAGUUUCAAAUACUGUUUCCUGUUUUCAGAAUUAACUCGUUUUUAAUGUGGCUUCAAAAAAGAAUUGCAUUUUGACAGCUGUAUGGCUUGUAUCAUACCGAACAGUAGGGCAAAAAUGAUAAUAUUUCAAAGAACAGGGCAGCAUUCUUAGAAAUGUCAUUAGCCCCAUGUAACUGAUUGUGAUAAAUGGACUGACACCCUGCCUUUUUUUAAAAAAAGAAUCAAUGGCUAAUAUGCACAGAUUACCCAGUUUAUCUUCUGGUAAGCUGUCCACCCCUUUGUACAAGUUGGCUUUUUUAAUAUGGCUAUUUCUUUAUGCUGGUUGAGCUAGAUUAGGAAACUUGCUUCUACCUGGACUGGGAGAACUUUGACUCAUCAAAAUGUGCAAGUUAGAACAAGUGCUUCUUAUCCUCGCGUCUGUGUUGACAUAGCAUUUCCCUGUCCUGUGCUUCUGCUGUGAACAUAAACAUGGCGUUUUUCAAAAUGGCUUUAAAAUAAGUUUCCAGCAGUUACAAAAUGAAACCAGUAAGUCUUCAUUCCCGUUCUCUGGUAGCCUUGGUAUUCUCAGUGGUCCCGAGGUGGGCUCAGUCUCCGAGGGGAACAGCUACAGAAGUGGCAACUCCUAGCCGUGAGGGGGCUCAGGACAAGCAACGCCAAUGCCAGGGUAGGUGUCACUUCUGCAGGUGACAUUUACCUUCCACACGGCAGAAAAGUCUUACUACCUCAUCUUCACUGUGGCGCUUUUUUUCAAUCACUGAGAAUCUCCUGCUAUUAACCAGUAUCAGACUUCCUAAAUAUCUACCUUUGAUGAAAGACAAUUAACAGUGUGGUAAGACUCUACCCGGAAUUACAGUUUUGUUAUCAGAAUUUGAUAAGACUUUCUGUUUCCGUGAAACAAUUAUUUUAAACACUUUUCUUUCAAAAAAUAACUUUUUAUCCAUACAGAAAAACCUAAGGGAUGAGUAGCUUAUGAAUAUUGUGUUAAAGGGUAGUUUUUUAAAAGAAAAUGAAAUAUAAUUACGUUGUCUUUUAUAGUGGUAAAAUGUUUAUAUGAACAUUUAGCUUUUCAUAUAAUUCAAACUGACUGCUUGUGAUAUAUUUUCUCUAACUUUUUAAUUUUUUUCAAUUCAAGGUAUUAACAGCUAUUAACAUUUUCUAAAAUACUACCAUAUGCAUAGCCUUGAAGUCUAAGUGAGAACAGGGAAGCUCAUUUGCUCUGGAGUGGUUUGUACUUUUCCUUUGGUACUUGCUAAGUGAAAAGAAAUUUGGAAAGUAGAAAUAUAAAGACUUGAGAAGGGAAUUGUUUAUCAUGAAGGAAAAGGGAAGAGCUGUGUUUUACAAAUCUGUGAGGACUGGAAUGUAGAAAGGUUCUAUACCCCUUUCUGGUUCUGUGAGAAUAGCAUUUGGAAGAACAAUAUUCAAACCCUAGCUCAUAAGAGAUGCUUAAAAGUAUAUUUGUUGUACUGAAUAAGGAAAAUAAGUAACUUUCAAGAAGAAAAAUGUGAUCAAUAAAACAUUUGAAAAGUGUAAUUCCGGAGCUGAGAAAGCAUUGAGCACUGUGGAAGUGUGUAGCGCUUACUGGUGAGGCAGGCUGGAGCUAGAGCAGCCAGGUCAGACACAAAGCUGGAGCGUGUCAGCGUCCCCUCAGGGAAAGGCCCUGACAGCGAGGGAGCCGCUGCGGGGCUCACAGCCGGUCUGGACCACACACUCAGCUGCGCCUCGCCUCGGGAGUCUUCUGUGCACAUCAGGGAAGAAACCGGACUUGGCUGUUUUUCUCUAAAGCUUUUCAAGACAUCCCCCUUACCCCUAUUCAAAGUCAGAACAUCUUGGUUCAAACUGUAAUUCCUCAAAUAUGCUGAACGUGAUUUUCUUUUAGAUUCCUUCAACGUUUUGUAUUGUGUGUUCUUUCUGUAACUGUGCCAUUCGCCUAAAUAAUUCAUAAACAGAAUGGUUUAAUUUAAAGGAAGACCUAAUAGGAAGAUUAAAGGAAGCUUUUAGUCAGCCUGAGGCUAGAUUUAUUGAUUUGGUGAUCAGACCUAGGUACUUUCCUGAAUUUCAGCUAAUGGCCAACUGUGGUCAAAGGAUGGCUUUUCAGUGGAAGUUUUGAUUUCUUGUUAUAAAUUAUAUAGAGUGUCUUAGUAAUUAGGAAACCUUUAAAAAGCAACACAAACGUGGCAAAUAGGACUCAUAUCAUUAUACAAAUUACAUUUCUUUUUAUAAGAAAAACACAUAAACCUGUAUCAUUUAUUCAUGAGCCAAAGCCAUUAAGAAGAUAAAUCAGGUUAUCAGCUUCCUGUGUCUGAAGUUUGGAUCAUUUUAUAGAUCCAUGUAAUAGAGCAUUUCCUUCCUGUGAAAGAAAAACCUUGACAUCUAACUCUUAUUUUUUUAUUUAAAAUAUUUCUUGUCAUUUUAGCUAGAAUCAGAAUCCAGUGAGCAGCUUAUAAUGUUGAUCUGGGUGGAAUAACUUUCACAGGAAGGUAGACAUAGAUGUUUCUAGAGAUCACACAGUGUUUAAAUGUAAAAUAGCCUAUAAAGGUUAGAUAGUUCAAUGCCCAAGUGAAAAAAAGAUUGUAGGGUGAGGGAUCCUUUUGUUUCUGCUUUGGGAAAAAGUGUGUACCAUUUUUGUUUUACACUUGAUCUCAGCCAAAAGGCAGAAAAGUGGUACUAAUUUUGUUUUAACAUAAGCAGUUUCCAUUUUUAUUUCUAAAGAAUGAACAGAAAGCACAAAGGGUUUUUCUUAAUGGUCUACUACAAACAAGCCCAGUCUGUCUAUAGUAGUCUAAUAAUACAUUAAGAUGCUAAACACAAAUUGGCCUGCAGGUACAAAGGCAGGCGAAUGAUUAUGAUGUAAGAGAAUGGAGUUCAGAGUACGUGACAUCUGUCUCAAAACUAAGUAUUUAUAAUUUACUUUUGAAUUUUUCAUAUUACUCAAUCCUAAAUCUUCCUUUGCCUUCAUUUCCUAUAAAAUGUAGGUAAUACUUGUCACUUGACUUCUGCAGGUUAGUCCUUCGCGAAGGAGUGACUCUUGGAGCAUACUUGAAAAUACUUGCUGUUGAGUAGUAAGGUGAUGAUAGGUUUUCAAACUUGCCCCUUAGACCCUGCCGAAUCGCAGUCUCUAACCGCCUUCUUGCGUGGUCUGACAUUGGACCUAACAGUACAGUUUUGGUCUGUCCUAGAUACUGCGAUUAGAUGAGCAAUUGCAGUUUUCUUCUGUCCUUAUAAGGCCCACGGAAAAUGGGUAUUUGCCUAACUUAUUUUAAAAGUUGAUUGCAUUUGCAGGAAAUGAAGAGAAUCAAGUUCGCCAUGUUUAUAAUCAAAUCUGAGCUUUCAGACUUGAGAGCCAUGGUGUAAAACUCAAGAAAGUUUACUCAAGUUACCUUGCUAGAAUUGGAUAAAUUCUCCAGAAGCCAAGUAUAAACUGCAUCUACUUGAAUGUACAGAGUUUAAGUAGCAAGUUUGAAAAGCAUUUAUUUUUGUCAGUCAGGCUUGUAUGUCAGUCACCCCUUGCCCCAAAAGAAGUAGGUGAUUUCCUUUCUGAUCUCCAUGUGUAAUGUUUCUUCGUGGUUGUAAGUUUAAAUAAUUUGAAUAAAUUUUCACUUAAUUAAAUCUU